UGGAGACAUAUCAGGAGACACAUAGCCACUAGAAAAUACAUGUCUGUCAAUGCAGAAAGAGAGAGAGAGAGAAAGAGAGAGAGAAUGAAAUUACUUGACUCUGAUGCCAGGACACACAGCUUAUUUAAAUAGCUACUCAAGCCCACAGCAGCAGUUGUUCUCUCCUGUUGCAUAAUGGACAUGCUGAGAGUGUGUUUAUCUUGUUUUCUUUGCAUGAUCUUAUUUAUUUCUAUUUGAGUGAGGUCUAUAACAUAUUGCGCUUGGACAAUGCUGUCAGAUUGGAUAAGGUUAGUGCUCGUAUUUACCUUCUGGACACAGCUGGUCCCAGGUUUGGGUGCUGGGAAUACACGUUACGGCUACUAUCACAGGAACUGCUACACCUGCUUCAACGGAUAUCAUGGAUACAACACAAGACACUUGGGGGCAGAUAUUGACGAGUGCCAGGUUCACAACGGAGGCUGCCAACAUAGGUGUGUGAACACCAGAGGCUCCUUCUACUGCGAGUGCAACCCGGGGUUUCGCCUCCACAUUGAUGGCCGCACCUGCAUAGCUGUCCUAUCCUGUGCAGUGAAUAAUGGUGGCUGUGAGCAUGAAUGUGUCCAGCUUUCCCCUGUUCACGUCCAGUGCCGCUGCAGACGCGGAUACCAGCUCACAGCUGAUGGCAAGCGCUGCAGACUGAGGAACCCAUGUACGGAGAGGAACGGCGGCUGUAUGCACUUAUGUCGCAGCGACGGCGGUCAUGCUGCGUGCAGCUGUCGCCAAGGCUUCACGCUGGCCCCGGACCAGAAGAACUGUGAAGAUGUUGAUGAGUGUGAAACGGGACUGGCGGCAUGCGCUCACAAUUGCCGGAAUACCCCGGGCUCUUUCUCCUGCGUCUGCAAUCCAGGAUAUGAGCUGGGCUCUGAUGGCAGGAAAUGCUACCGUAUUGAAAUUGAGAUUGUUAACAGUUGUGACUCCGAUAACGGUGGCUGUUCACACCACUGUCAGCACGGCACACUCGGACCCGUCUGCAGCUGUAACCAGGGUUAUCAGCUCACAGAGGACCUCAAAACCUGUUUGGAUCUGGAAGAAUGUGAGGAGGGAACUUCAUGUUGUGAGCAGGACUGCACAAACUACCCUGGAGGUUAUGAGUGCUACUGCAGGGCGGGAUACAGACUCAAUGCAGAUGGAUGUGGAUGUGACGAUGUGGAUGAGUGUCUGUCUGAUAAUGGGGGCUGUGAGCACACUUGUCAGAACACAGCUGGCUCCUAUCACUGCUUCUGUCGGUUUGGAAACCGGCUCGCUGACGAUAGACAUUCCUGCAUCCCCCUGGAGAGAGCAGUUGAGGAAUUGUCCAGUCCAGUGGUGGUUGAGAGACCUUUCCUUCAUCUCACUCUCCUCCAGGACUACCCACAACCCCUGGAGCGCUAUCACGACUAUGAAGAAGACAGUUUCGGAGAGCUGCGGGCAGAGAGCACCCUAUCUGAGAAAUUUGUGUGUUUGAAUGGGACAUUUGGCCAUGACUGCAGCCUGACGUGUGACGACUGCUCUAACGGAGGACUGUGUAACGCUGACAGAGAUGGUUGUGACUGCCCGGAUGGUUGGACAGCGAUCAUCUGUAACCAAACCUGUCCAGAGGGAACAUUUGGCAGAAACUGUUCUUUCUCUUGUAAGUGCAAAAACGGUGGCACCUGCAACCCGAUUAGUGGGAAGUGCCGCUGCCCACCUGGAGUCAGUGGAGACCUGUGCCAGGACGGUUGUCCAAAGGGACUAUAUGGAAAGCACUGCAACAAGAAAUGUAACUGUGCCAAUAACGGCCGAUGUCACCGCACAUAUGGAGCCUGCCUGUGUGAUCCAGGGCUCUACGGCAGGUUUUGUCACCUACCAUGCCCCAAGUGGUCAUAUGGAUCUGGAUGCUCAUCGGAGUGUCAGUGUGUGCAGCAGAACACACUUGAGUGCCAUCGACGUUAUGGAACAUGUGUGUGCAAGCCUGGCUAUCAGGGCAAGACCUGCAACCUAGAGUGUGAUAGUGGAUACUAUGGUCCAGGAUGUAAAUCAAAAUGCCAGUGUCCAGUGGGAGUGUCUUGCCAUCACAUGACUGGACAAUGUCAGCGGCAGUGCCCAGCCGGUCUGUACGGGGAACACUGCGAACGAGAGUGCCCUGUGGGACAGUUUGGAGUUGGAUGCUCACAGUUUUGUGACUGUAACGGAGCUCCAUGCGACUCAGUGACCGGGCAAUGUCACUGUCCCGCUGGGCAGACGGGGCAACACUGUGAGGAAGAGUGUGAAGAGGGCCGUUGGGGACUGGGAUGUGCAGAGUUCUGUCCUUCCUGUAAUAAUAAUGGUGGAGUGUGUGAUCGGCAAAAAGGCACCUGCGUUUGUCUGCCGGGAUACAUGGGAGAUCUCUGUCAGAAUGUCUGCCCAGUUGGCUACUUUGGCCUCAGCUGCCAGUUGCGCUGUUCCUGUGAAAACAGUGGGCAUUGCCACCACGUGACGGGUCUCUGUGUUUGUAAAGAUGGCUGGACAGGGCCCAACUGCGCAAAAGCUUGUGAGCCGGGACGCUGGGGGCUGAACUGUGCCAACCAGUGUGACUGCAGGAGCAGCGUGGGCAGCUGUGACCCUGUGACUGGGCUGUGCCAUUGUGACGUAGGCUUCACGGGACCACGCUGUGAUCAAAAGUGUCCCCAGGGUUUCUUCGGCCAGGGCUGCCGCUACAGAUGCCAGUGUGAGAAUGAAGCAGCGUGCGAGCAUGUGAGCGGUGCCUGUACUUGUUUACCAGGCUGGACUGGAACGUACUGUGAAAAACCAUGUCCUGAGGGCUUUCAUGGUUUUGAGUGUCAGCAGAAGUGCCAAUGCUUGAAUGGUGGCCGUUGUCGCCCCGUGACUGGAGACUGCCAGUGUCCAUCUGGCUGGGUCGGGCCCCUUUGCAAAACCACAUGUGAAGAUGGCAACUAUGGCCCUGGCUGCAAUCAAACCUGUAACUGCCACAAUAAUGCCACCUGUGACCCUGCUGAUGGGCGAUGUGAGUGUGGAGCAGGAUGGACAGGGAGCAGCUGUGAACAAGAGUGCACAGCUGGCUUCUAUGGUGUGGGCUGUCACCAGCACUGCCUGUGCCAGAAUGGAGGGUCAUGUGACCGAAUCAGUGGGCACUGCACAUGUCUUAGUGGAUGGACUGGAGUGGCCUGUGAACUGGAAUGCGCUCUGGGACACUUUGGUAUCGACUGUCAACACAAAUGCGAGUGUGAGAACGGUGGCGUUUGUGACCGAGAGAGUGGCAAGUGUUCCUGUCCAGCAGGCUGGAUGGGCACACGCUGUGAGAUGGCAUGUACUCAAGGUUUGUAUGGUCCAGGCUGUAAGGAGCAUUGCAGGUGUGAUCACAACGCCCCAUGUCAUCACAUCACUGGCACCUGCAUGUGUCCGGCAGGCUGGAGAGGGUCACACUGCGAGAAAAUUUGUUUACCCGGUUCAUAUGGGAAGCGGUGUGCUCAGCGAUGCCACUGUCCUCGGGGCACUUCCUGUAACCAUGUGACCGGGGAGUGUGGAUGCCCACCUGGUUUUACUGGUAACGGCUGUGAGCGAAUGUGUCAGUCAGGUACGUUUGGACUGAACUGUAAUCAGGUGUGUCAGUGCUCUGAGGUUAAUCAGCUCUGCCAUCCCGUCACUGGUGUGUGCUACUGUGCUCCAGGAUACCAUGGCAACAAGUGUGAUACAGAGUGUGAGGUGGGCCAUUAUGGUCCCAACUGCGAGAAGAAGUGCCAGUGUCUGAAUAACGGAGUGUAAGACAGCACUGGCACCUGCACCUGCCCAGCAGGAUACAUUGGACCAAACUGCAAUAUCACUUGUCCAUCAGGCCGUUACGGGCAAGACUGUGCACGAGUAGCUUUGUGUGGUGAAGGGGCCCGGAGCGAUCCGGUCACAGGCAGAUGUGUGUGCAAAGCUGGCCAGCGAGGGGAAGACUGUGGGAAAGGCUGUGCUAAGGGCUGGUUUGGGGAAGACUGUGCUCAGCGCUGUAACUGCAGUAAUGGAGGAGUGUGUGAUGCUGUCACAGGAAACUGUACCUGUGGGCUGGGCUGGACAGGAGACAGCUGUGAUAAAGAGUGUCCCAGAGGGAGAUAUGGCGCUGACUGCAGGGAAAUGUGUGACUGUAAAAAUAAUGGCACUUGUGACAGAGUGACGGGCGAGUGUCACUGCCCUCCUGGGUACUAUGGGCAUCUCUGUGAACAUGCAUGCCCUGUUGGUUUCCAUGGUCAUCGCUGCCAGUCUCUGUGUGACUGCCGGGCCAAUGCACCUUGUGACCCUGAAACGGGCCGCUGCCUCUGUCCUUCUGGUUACCAAGGACUCCGCUGUGACAGAGAGUGUGAGCCAGGAAAAUUCGGGUCUAAUUGUGUCCACAAAUGUGACUGUGACGGAGACACACCAUGUGACCCUGUCAGUGGCAGGUGUCUGUGUGCACCUGGAAAAAUGGGAUCACGAUGUGAUACAGACUGUGGAGUAAAUCGAUUUGGGCCUGACUGCUCAGAGAGAUGUGAAUGUCACAACGGAGGCCAGUGCAAUCCACGCAAUGGACGCUGCACCUGUCUGAACGGUUGGGUCGGACCGAGCUGUCAAGAGGGGCUUACAUCGAGUCACAGUACUAGCAGAAACAAAAGGAAGGACUCGUCAGUAUAGCAGUCUCACGGUUUCUUACCCAGUUCAGUAACAGACACGGACAGUGUCGCUGACUAUAAACUGACCUGCCUUGAAUUUUCGCCUUGUAGCACAGAUCUUUGAACACAAAAAGUCCAUCAAACAAUCUGACAAGGACAAACUCUUGUGGCAGUAGAGACUUCCAUUAGUUGGUUAAUAAAUGAUAAACUUUCUCAUGGAAAAGUGGACAUCAAGUUCAACAUGAAGGAGAAGACUUGUCAUAUUGAAGCUCCUCCUGGAUGAGGACAAAUUCAACCAUUUUUUGAAGAGUUUUUCAGCAUCAGUUCUGCUCAGGGAGAUCGAGCUUUUAGAAGACUUUAGUUAGUUUAACUGUAAUCAAGAAAAGCACAAAAUGAAGGCCUUCGGUUCACCUGAAACUGAAUCCCAUCACCACUGCGAUCCUAAACAAAGGCCUUAAAGGGAUAGUGCACCCCAAAAUCAAACUUCUGUCAUUUAUUUACCCAUUUAACUCCAGAUUUUGUCUCAAGUGGAAAUUUUUGCAAUUGUUGUAAGAUACUUUGAGUAAAACGCAUGUUAAUGGUAUUAUUUUUGAACAUUUACAAGUAAUAACUUCUUUAAGAAUUUAGAUAGAAUUUUGCACAAAAUUGAGUGAAUAUGUUACGGUGUAUAAUAUUUGGGUGUUGAUAUAUAUUGUCCAUAUUCAAAACUUUGAACUUUUUUGAAACAUAUAAAAAUAUGAAACUGGAGUCAUUUAUUACCUGUGUACAUACUGUAUGAAUGUAAAAGUUUUUUUUUUUUUUUUUUAUGUGAAUGUUUCUGUACAAUUUUAUUUUAAAGAAAACUGUACUGUAAACCCUUAUAACUUGUAGGGUUUUUGCUAGAUUUAUUUUUGUAUUGUACCUUAUCUACAUAACUACACCAUGUGCAUUUGUAAAGUGUGAAUUGCAUUCUUAAUGCAGACUAUAUGAACUCAAAGGAAAUGUAUAUUUCAGCAUUUCUGCAGCUAAGUCAGGGCCAAAAAUAGCACUUAAAUUCUUCUGUUUUCAGCAACCAUGGCUAACAUGGUUGAUGCUUUUUCUUUGUUUUGUAACAGUUGAUUUUCUGAAAGCUUACACAUUUUUUAUUCAUGAUUAAACAUCUUUUUUUAAUGUU